AUGAGUGCUUUGAAACUAAAUCUAGGGGGUGCCCCUUCUGGUCCUGCGGGUACUGGAAAAACCGAAACAGUGAAAGAUUUAUCAAAAGCCCUAGCAAAAUAAUGCGUAGUAUUUAACUGUUCAGAAAGCAUGGACUACAUUAUGAUAGGGAAAUUCUUUAAAGGACUAUCAAGUGCAGGUGCAUGGUGUUGCUUUGAUGAAUUUAAUAGAAUCAAUAUAGAAGUACUAUCUGUAAUAGGACAAUAAUUAUAAGUUCUUUUAAAUGCUAAAGCCUAAUUUUAAUAAUUUGUGGAAUUCGAAGGAUCUUUAGUUCGCUUAGACUUCUCCUUUAGUAUGUUUAUCACUAUGAACCCUGGUUAUUCUGGCAGAACAGAACUUCCUGAUAAUUUAAAAGCUCUUUUUAGGCCUGUGGCUAUGAUGAUACCUGAUUAUGGGAUGAUAGCAGAAAUUUUGCUUUAUUCUUUUGGAUUUAAAUAAGGAAGAAUUUUGGCAAUGAAAAUUAAAUAAUUAUUUAAAAUUGCUUCCGAAGUUAUUUCUUUUUAGGACCAUUAUGAUUUUGGUUUGAGAAGUUUUAGAAGCGUUAUUGUUACUGCAGGCAUUUUAAGGAAAGAAAAUGAAUAAAAUGAAGAUUUAUUGAUUUUUAAAGCAUUAAAAAGUGUUAAUUUGCCGAAGCUUUUGCCAGAUGAUGUUCCUCUUUUUACCAAUAUACUCAAAGAUUUGUUUUAUUAGGAUACAUUGGAUUAAUUAAGAGAAGAUUAGGAUACUUUGAGAACAAAAAAGGACAUUUUAAACCAUUUUUAGAAGAAUAAAAUGCAAAUCGAAGACACUUUCUUACAAAAAAUUCUCUAACUUAACGAAAGUCUAAAAGUUAGACACGGUUUAAUACUUUUAGGACACCCAGGUAGCGGAAAAACAACCAACUAUAGAACUUUAAAGAAAAUAAUAGGUAAGAGAGUUCACUGUAAAGUAAUAAAUCCAAAAAGUAUUAGCCUAAAUUAACUAUAUGGAUAUUUUAACGAAAACUCUCAUGAAUGGAAUUUCGGAAUUCUGGAAUUUUUGAUAGUUGAUUGUUUAAAAAAUAAAGAAAGCUUAAAUUGGAUAGUUUUUGAUGGUCCUAUAGAUUCCAUUUGGAUAGAAUCAUUAAAUACUGUAUUAGACGAUAAUAAAAAAUUAUGUUUGAAUUCUGGGCUUAUUUAUGAUUUUUGUUUUUUGUUUGACUUGGAGUUUUGGCUCAUUUUCUGA